CCAACAAAAUCAAACUAGGUAUUGUUGCGUCAAAACGACCGUCGAAAACGACAAUUCGGUGUAUUCGCUAUAUUCGCUACUCAACGUUCUUCGUGAAAUCUUCGUUCUCCGUAAAUCUUAACAGCAAAAUCAUUUGUCACACGUCAACGAUCCCACAGACAUUUAUACAUUUACGAGUGCACAUUAUCGCGUAAAUAAUUUUAUAAAUUUGCACGUGUAAAAUUGCUCACUUCUGAGUCACGCUCACCACCGUAUUUCCUUCUCCGUCUGGGUAAACCCCCCGUGCGUCUCUGCCGCACGCGGGUUACCACUUCUCUUCCUCGUGAAUAGACUAUAAUCUACCGGAUUGUCGGGCUGACCGGUUUUACUCUUUACCGUACACCGAAGCAUACACGCUCGACCUGUCGUCCUAUCUGCGAGCGUCAGUUGCGAGACCAAAAAUCACACUAGUUUGAAAACCAACAUCAACGAAAUCUGACUUUGCGCAACGUGAAAUCAUUGAUCAUGCGGCUCCAAUUGGGAUAUCUACUGUGUCUCUCGAUCGCGUUGCUUCUCACGAGAAAAAGCAUCUACGUCGUGGCGCAAACAUCUGCACAGGCAAACGUUUCUUCACCAGUAAAUUCUGGCGUGGCUCAAGUCUCUGACGAUGACGAUUUCGUGCCUUAUCAAGGCGAGCGUUUCACCAUAUUCGAUUGGAUGUUGUUUAAGAAUCUCGCCAAAGCAAAUUCAGGCAAUGUAUUGAUAUCGCCGAUUUCUAUCAAAUUGGCAUUGGUGCUCCUUUUCGAAGGAGCGCAGGAACAAACCGCUUACGAACUUGCCAAUGUUUUGCAACUUCCGGUUAGCACGUCGGCCAUUCGGGAGAGAUUUAGCGGCAUCCUACGAUCACUACAGACUCCGUCCCCAGCGUACACUUUGAAUGUCGGUUCGCGUUUUUACAUUGAUAACAACGUACAGAUCAGACAACGCUACGCGGCAACUAUCAAGAGCUUUUAUAAUACCGACGUGUUCAACGCCAAUAUGACCGAUGUGCAUGCUGUCGCAUCGAAAGUUAACUCUUGGAUCAGUAACAUCACCGAUGGGCACCUUGAGAAAUUGAUAAGCAAUGAAAACAGUCUAGAGGACUCGGUGAUGCUGAUAGCGAACGGACUGUACUUCAAAGGCGCUUGGCGUCGCAAAUAUUUCGCGCCCGAGCAGACUCGUGUUUCUAAAUUUCACAUCAACCCUAACGUCAGCGUGAACGUGCCGUACAUGCAUAGCGUGGAUCGAUUUUACUACGUCGAAUCCUCGAAACUCAAUGCAAAGAUUCUCCGGAUCCCAUACGACGGCUCUAAAUUCGCCAUGUACAUCAUACUACCGCUUACACUGAACGGUUUGGACCACAUUUUGAACGAGAUCAAUCCGUUCAUGCUGUCAAGAGACAUAUGGGCCAUGCAGGAGUUGCCGCUUAACGUCUGGAUCCCGAAAUUCAAGUUCGAGUUUACGAGCCACUUGGAAUCUGCUUUGCGAGAGAUUGGUAUUCGUGACAUCUUUGACGACACUGCGUUGUUGACGGGUAUAGCAAUAACAAAACGGAUUUCCAGACACCUGCAGGUAUCCGACGUGGUGCACAAGACUGGAAUAGAAGUGAACGAAAACGGCACAAUUGCUUACGCUGCUACUGAGGUGCAGAUUGGCAACAAGAUAGAAGAAGGCACAUUCCUUGCUAAUCAUCCGUUCAUGUUCUACAUCGAGGACGAGUCCACGGGUACUAUCCUCUACAUGGGCAAAGUAGAGGAUCCGCUAGACACAUCUGGGAUAAUAGAGAAGGUGGAACAGGAAUUCCCGUCGCGAAUUAAUCUGGACACCACGACUUUAACUCCUAAGCCUGCCGUUCCGAUUUCCAUGAGCGCCGAAGACCGAUACAACUUCUUCAACAUCGACCUUCUACAGAGAGUGAGCGAGAAUGCUAAUGGCAACGUGGUAGUGUCCCCAUCCAGCGCAAAGGUCGCUCUUACGAGUCUGGUGGAAGGCACCGGUGGUCAAACGCGUCAGGAGCUCUUGUCGGCUUUGAGAUUACCGCCGGAGGAAUACGCAAUCAGGAGAACAGCUAGGCUGACUCUAACGAUUUUAAAGAACUCGCAGAAUGGCACGGAGAUCGACGCGGCCACUCGCUUAUGGAUUAAUUCCGCUCUUGUACCGUCCGCUUAUUACAUCAAUGCCUUGCAACGGCAUUACGAUACCAAUAUCCAGCAGUUAAAUUUCGCAGAUGCAAACGGUGCGGCGCAGACAAUCAACAAUUGGGUUAGCGAUGCCACCCGGAACAAUAUCAAUUCAAUCGUGCAGCCUGGCACCCUUGACGCUGACACCCAGUUGCUAUUGACCUCAGCCUUGUACUUCAAAGGACGUUGGUUGAAGUCCUUCGAUAAAGACGCAACACGUAUGCGAUGUUUCAACGUGCCUCAACGUGGCUGUCACAACGUCCCCAUGAUGGAGAACACCUCCAAGUAUCGGUAUGCUUACAUAGCUUCUCUCGACACCGAAAUAGUGGAGCUCCCGUAUUCGGACGGCAGGACGGCUAUGUUGUUGUUCCUCCCGGCUCAUGAGAACACCGAUCCGUAUCUUCAGAUUCUCACUAAAGAUCUGUCAUAUGUGCCGAUGAAAACGCUGCUGGCCAGCCUCGUGGAAACCGAGAUUUCGGUUUUCAUUCCGAAAUUUAGUGUCGAAAGCAAACUGGAUUUGCGCACACCCUUGAUGCAAAUGGGUGUACUAGACAUUUUCACUGCAGCAGCAAAUUUCACGGGCAUCAUGCAUAAUAAUUACAUGCGAGUAGGAAAUAUAAUACAAAAUGCUAAGAUACAAGUCGACGAAGAAGGAACGAUUGCUGCUGCCGUGACAGAACUCACAGUUAUACCCCUCAUGGGAAUGGCACAAACUUUCGUUGCAAAUAGACCAUUUAUCUUUGCCAUUGUCGAUGUGCCAACAGGUGAAACACUCUUUGCUGGUCGCAUUCUGGAUCCCGUUGUGCAGAAUAUCAGCAACGUUUAACAAUAAGUCUAAUAUUCAAAUAUGAUACAUUUUACACUUAAGAUGCUUGCAAUACAAAAGACUAUCGUUUAUGUAUAUAAUAUUGCUUUGUGAUGCAAAUAACAUUUGUACUGUGUUGUUAUAAUCAUAGAAUGAAUGUUUCUUUUAUACCUAUAUAAAGGAGAGAAGUGAUAAAGAAAGAGA